AUGAGCCCCCCUCCCGAGCCCUUAGUGAAGUGCACUCGCUGUACAUUUCGCGGUCCUCAGUCUGCCUUUCCCCAACUCCCGAGUCUCCAGUACACGAGGCACUGCCACAAAUGUCGAGAGAAGAAUCUCAAGUCCCGCGGCGCUGCAAAGGAGAAAGAGCCAUCUGCUUCACUCCGGGGGAAAGACAACUCGGGGGGAAUACUCCCUAAACUCUCCCGGGAGACACUUCUUGCUCUGAUCAGGGAGCACGGCUCAAACAAGGCGUUCGAGACUGAAUGCUACCUUGAUCUUGCCGAGAUCAAUCUGCGACCAGAGAUCGCGUGCAGCCCGAAGGCAGUGGCAGACGAGCUUGCCAGACAAGUGUGGGAAGCAACAGGCUACCGAUUCGUAUAUAAGCAGAAACGCCCGAGCCGCACCAAUCCUUCAAUUGUGCGCUUUGAGUAUCACUGCGCGCAGCUCGAGGGCGAAAAAACAAAGAAUCAGCUUGUUGCUGAUCCCAAGAAGCGCCGUGCUCGUGUUACCAUGGAUUAUUUUGCUUGCAAUGGUUGGCUCAAUGUCAUUAUCAAUGAGCUUGACCUCAGCACGGGGACUUUUCGAUUGUCACACCAUCUUGCACACACACACUACACGAAUAUCUCCAUUUCCGAUGACAUAAAGAGUCUAGUCAAGCAGAUGAAGACUUCAACUCCAACUAAAAUCUGGGAGGAGGUUGUGAAAUUGGAUCCUACUACAGAGUUGACAGAACGGCAAAUCUAUCGUUUCUGGUCGGACAUCAAUCAGGGAGCUUGGAGAAAGUGCGACGAUCAGGUUGCAUCUGCCCUUGCCCUGCUGCAGGAGUACGAGGAUAUGACUGUUGAGAUCAUUGAGCUCAAACAAGAGACUGGGCUGUCCUCAAUCGCUUUUUGUUUCUGCGAGAUAAUCAACAAUUUUGGAAAAGACACAGAGGAGAUUGCAAUGGAUUCGACUUGGAAAACUAAUGCGGCGGGAUAUGAGCUGUAUGCGAUUGUUGCUGAAGCAAAUGGCACCGCUCUACCGCUUGCAUUUGUCUUCACUACAUCGACAGGUGACGAUGCUGCAGAGGGUGCCAAAGACCGAAUGCUUCAACAGGUUCUGGGUGCAGUCUCUCGAAAAUGUCCAAAUAUUCAGUUCGUGCACACGGACAAAGACAUCAGUGAAAUUAAUGCCGCCAAAACCGCGUUACCUGGUACCAAACAUCAGCUUUGUAUGUGGCACGGUCCUCGAUAUGUGAAGGAGCGACUCGCAGAGGACAAGCGGCCUGCUCAUUACGAUCCUCGCAAAGCACACAUGGUCUUUGACUUUAUUGACCCUACCUGGGCACCUGGGAUUGAUCGGAUUCAAGAAGAUGCUUCUCAGCAUGAACAAAACGACUCGGAGCAGGAGGAGGAUAGCAACAAUGUGAACGGUCCAGAUGGGAUCCAGACUAAGACACUGCUUCCUCCGAUAUUCGUUCUUACUCAGGGCGACAUCCGUCAUCCGAUCUAUCCGAACCCACCUAAGGCUCGGAAGACCGAUCUGGGAGUAUUCUGUCCGCCAGAACAUCGUGAUGUCACUCUCGACCUCUACAAGAUGCACGGUAGACUACAUCCGGAGAUUCCGGUGUACGAGCCGGAUGAUCCAGACUCAGAGAAGCCAAAUCCAUUUCUCUCCGCCGACGCUAUCUAUAAGUCUGCUGUGUACGACAUGUACUUCCACUGCUUCGAUCUGGAUCUCUCGCAGCUCUGGGCGUAUAUGUGGAACCGGUGGUACUCCCCCGCUCAGUGGAAACUCUGGGCGCGAGCAUCAGAGCCGGCAAUCCCACGUAUCAAUACCACGAUGAUUGUCGAGAGCCUCUGGAAACACGUGAAGCAUCGCGAUCUCGCAGAAUUUAAUCGACCGCGACUUGAUUUGGUUACCCACGUCAUAAUCCUUAACCUUCUUCCUCGAAUCAAGCGGAACCUGGACAGCAUUCGCAAAAUGCGCCGUGCUGGACGUGGCCCGACUCUCGUUGGGUGGCAGAAGGACUUCCGUGCUACGUGGGUCGAUCUCAGCAAGUCAGAUGAUCAUUGCCUCACCGAAAAACAACUGCGCUGGCUUAGGAAGCCGAAGAAUACCAAGAAUCGGGAUGAGAGGCUCGCCCAGUUGGAUCAAGAGAGUAAGCGCACUCAUGGCACAUAUUUCACAUAUGUGGACAAAUGGGUCUGCAGUUGUUCUGCUUUCUUGAUGAGCCGUUUUUUACUCUGCAAGCACCUCGUUCGGGAAGUUAACCAGACUUUGAGCAACAGCCCUCUUCGAGAUCUGGCUCUGUUUGCGAACUUGCGGCGCAAUCACUUCCCUCCUUACUACGUGAUUCCCGGGAUCCACGAUAUCGAAGAGAACGAACCCGAGCCUGAACACGACGUCGAAAUCAUGGUUCUCCACCGGGGCCACUCCCGUUCUCAAUCGACUUCGAGUUCCCGGAUGCAGACACCCGAACCCGACGACGACGACGAGGACAAUGAUCGGGCACCCAGUCCCGGGCCAGUGACUGGGCCUGGGCUCGAUGACCUUGAGAGCAUCGAUCCGAGCGGAGAUGAUGACCGUGAUGAAGACAACAAUAUCCGGGCUUUUGCCUCCGAUGACGAAGGUACUGCGGGUGAUAGGGUAUACAUUUCCGAAGCUCAGAGGGAGAACCUCAAGCGAAGCUUCGAGGCUUUGAUGGAAACCAUCUCCCGGCCAAGUGGAAUAGCACCUCAACUGGCAGAAGCUCUGCGGCCCGCUCUUCAGAUGGUUGAGGAUGCAGGAACCUCAGGUCUCAGCCCGCACUCUGACACUCCCUCUUCGGAACCCGACGUUGAGAACCUUGCAAGCCAGGUCGUGAAGGUACCGAUCGCCAGAACUGAACGGCCGAUGCCCAUCCAAGCUGCGAUUUAGAUUACUGCCGCGACAGUGCGAAGCACAUGCAGUCACCGGCUCUGCUUGCAAAUGAACUCAAUGCCCGGGUCUGAUCACGGUGGUAUCCGUCUCUCUCAAGCGAACCACGACCACGACCACGACCACGACGAUGCCUAUGCCACGCUUGCUGCAGAAGCUGAGCUCGAAGAACCUGCGCAGACGGACGCUGUCGACGUUCAGCGCCUCCCAUCGUCCGCCCGACGUUCCACCCGUCCCGGGCCCAUCGACCUCGAUUCAUUCGCGCGACUCGUCCAUCCCGACGUCUUUGUCCUCGUUCGCGAGUCCGGACCCCCAAACCGUCUUCCCCCCGUCAAGCGACGAUCCGGAUUUCGAGCGGUCGCCCAGCGGCAGCCACUUGAGAGUGGCAUAUGUCGAGGGCCCGACAGAGGAGAUCGGCCGAGCGGGCACCAGCGCGGAUGUGGAAACACGACGAGAUGAGGAGGAGAUCGCUGGAGCACUGCCGCUGCCGGGAUUCGAAAGCUUGUUCGUGUCGGAAUGGCGAGGGUUCCUCUACUCUGCACGAUCGACGUCAGAGCUUCCUGUCGGGGGAGUGAUGACGUUCAUGCUCCAGCCCGCCCCGUCACCCGACGAGGGGGUGCAGGCCUUCAUCGCAACGGAGGGCGACUCGCACACGAUCACCGGGACCUGUUCCCGCAGCACGCACGCCGUGACCUUCCGACGGUCUCUACCCGAUCGACACGCCACGCAGUUCUUCGCGGGGAAGUGGGAUCCUGCCAACGAUACUUUGCUCGGCACGCUCGGAUUCGAGCCAGACCCGGCGACGCACUUCAUGGAUCUGGUCUUCCGGCCGCUGGUCGCCCGCCACGCGCGACUGAUGCCCCCGGACAAGGAUCCACGCGCGCUGUGGAAGUUCGCGACCGCGGCCGUGCUGGACGACGUCA